CUGGGCGACUCAUUUUUCCGAUUCGUACAUGACCUCUGCCUUUUCGCUGACAAAAAACUGCUGAUUUCGGAAUGGACCUAAAAAACUAACGAAUUUAUCAAAUUUGGUGCUAUAUUGAUUUUAAUCAGAGAGUUUUACACGAAAAUCUAGCUCUAAACGACCAGACUGUAAAUUCUUGUCGAUAGAUUGUGCAGUCUCAAAUUAUGGUUUCUCAUUUUACUUUAUUACUCAUUGUCUGUCUUGGAACGAUUAGACAAUAAUGCUCAAAUUACACGACAUAGGCACAUAAGCUAUUUGCAUAUACUCGUAUAUAUUACGGUUGGUGUGGUAAAGAUUUUUGUUUUGGAAUUCUUUAAUGUUUACUACUUAUGUUAUUAUUAUUAUUUGGAUUUGAGACCGUUGAUUUUUAGCUUGCUAAAUUACCAGGAAUCAGUUAAUGUUUAAUAAAUAAUUAGGUACGUUAUAAUAUUCUACUCGCUACGCAUCACCAAAUUUCGUUGCGUAGUACGUUUGUAAUAUUAGGCAAGAAGGGACAAUAAUCGUUUCGAGUGGAAAAUUUUGACGUCUAAGAUUCAUGCCAAUAUAAUUAAUUUACAAAUCUAAAUUUUAGUAUGGUGCGCAGUGUUUGUGCUCAUGUUGAGCGAUUUAAACAACAAGGCGGAAUUCGGGACUAUGAAAAGAUUUUGCUAAAUUUGUGUAUCGCAUGUCCCCAACAUUUAAAGAUGAAGAGAGAGCAGCAAGGAAUCAAGAUUAUGAAUCGAAGCAAGUGCCAAGUGAAAACGUGUGGAAAUGACGUUGGGGACUGGAACAUGUAUUUUUGUUUACAUUGCGUAUUUGUCGGAUGUAAGGAUCAUUCAUAUGAGCACAUGGGAAGCGUGGACCCACCUCACUGCAUUGGAUGCCUAAUUAUUGAUGGAUCAGUUUUCUGCUUUGCUUGUAAGGACUUUGUCUUUGAUGGAGCUUUGGAAAGAAUGCGGGAGACGGUCCAAUACGGUCGUUGUUCUGUCGGAGGAAAUGUGAUCCCAUUCACACAAAUUGCGCUUGCUAUCAAGCCAACGGUCAUGUGCAUAGACUCCCGAUCUACCGUUGGACUACGGGGAUUAGUCAAUUUGAAAAAUACAUGCUACAUGAACUGCAUUAUUCAGGUCUUGGCGCACACUCCCAUCCUUGCUGACUUUUUUCUAAGCGAAUGUUUUGAACUGGACUGCAAUGAGCUACAUAGUGGUAAACCAUGUUUAAUGUCAUGUAUGACUGACGUUUUUCGCCAGUUUUAUAAUGGCAGCAAGUCUCCAAUCGUGUUAACCGAGUUGUUGGAAAAAAUGUGGAGAAGUGCUCCCCAUCUAGCUUCCUGUGAUCAACAGGAUGCGCAUGAAUUUCUUACCGCAAUCCUGGAAGGAAUGGGGCGUCAUUUUGUAGGAAACCAGGAUGUACCAUGUGCCAUCGAAGGAAUUUUUUAUGGAACCUUAAAGUCAACGGUCAAGUGCCUUAAAUGCCUGCAAGAUAUUCAUACUUUAAUAUUUGUGCAUGAAGUUUUAUGCAUAAUGGAAAUAAAUUAUUAUUAUUUUCUCUGUGAAAUUAGAUCGGAAUCCAUCACCAUGGAGAAAUAUAUGGAAAUUUCGCUUGAAGUGUUUGGCGAUAAGAGCAUCACUCUUGACGAGUGUCUCUUGCGUUACACACAAGUUGAAACACUUUCCCACAUGAUUUAUUGUGAAUCAUGUGGCAUGAACCAAACGAGUUCUAAGCAAUUGGAAUUAUUGAAAGUUCCGUUAAUUCUCUGUAUGCAUUUCAAGAGAUUCCAAAACGUCAAUCAUAAUAAAUGGAACAACCACAUUUCUUUCUCUAAGUACAUUGACCUAUUGAUUUACUCAUCAUCUCGAGAGGAAAUUGCAAGAAAAAAGACUGAAAUGGAUGCAUGUGACAUGUCAGCUCAAUCCAAAAAUAAAAGGAUGAAAAUAGACUUUAAAAACGAGAUUUGUUUAAGAUCCUAUUGUUUUCAAGUCCAGAGUCUUGUCAAUGAAGACUUUGAAUAUUCGCUGUAUGCAGUCGUAAGUCAUCUUGGAUCUUCGGAAGGUGGUCAUUACAUUACGUAUUUCCGAAACACGCAUAACACAUGGUUUCUCUGCGAUGAUCACACAGUGUCGAAAGUGUCUUCAGAUGAAGUGCUCAACUGCCAAGCGUAUAUGCUGUUUUAUCAUAGGACACAACUUCCACAGCGACCAAAAUCGUAUUCCUCCGAAUAAGAUUUUACAUUAAAUUUGAAUAGUUUUAAAUAGAAUGAAGCCAUGCAAGAUGUUGUUAUUAUUUUCCCAUGAAAUAAAAAAUUAACUCAAAGGUUA